AUGAUAAUCGGAAACAAUAUAUUCAUUGUUUUUUGUGAUUGUCCUGAUUUCGUUACUGUCGAUUGGAGUUGUUCAUAUUUGAUGGUUGUUUAAAUGUUAAAGCUCAAUUUGUUAUGUGAUUUAAUUUUAAAUUAGUUGUAGAGCUGAUGAAUUUUGUUGUGUGGUAUACCUAAGGGGAGGAUUUGGAAGAAGGUAAUUAUGUUUUUGAGGAUUGCAAAUUCCUAUUCGAGUUAUGAAAGAAGAGAGGGCCAACAAAAGGUCAUGGGAAUUAUUGGUUGUUGGUUCAAUGGUGGAUAACUCUAUCUGUUUGUAUGCAUAUUACAGGGGAGAGAGGUUUUGAGACCCAAUUUUGCAUUCUCGAAUUCGAAAUCCAUCUUGAGAGAGUUUCUCGCCUCGGGGGGCUAUUGGCUCGGCAAGAAAUGGAUCCUGGUCGCUAUGGUCUUCAUCAAGGCUGGGAUAAUAACAGCGCUCUUGAGGGUUAUGGUGCGGUCCAUGAGCCAAAUUAUCGGGUUGGGGGUGCUUAUGAGGAUAGACGCUUUGUAGAUGAAAGAUAUCCAAGGGAUGCCAUAUACCAGAGAAAUGCUUUCCAUCGUGACAUUUUGGAUAGGGAGGGCUAUAUGCCACCAGGACCUCCUGUUGGCCACUGGAAUCAAUCCAAAAGGAGAGGUUAUGAGGAAGAUUAUCCAAUGGACAGAGAAUCUAGACGUUUUCAGAGGCCUUAUCAUGAGCCGUAUAAUCAGAUUGAUGCCUACAGAGAAGCCGAUAUUGACACGUUCCCAGAAUAUGAUAAGUUUCGAGAUGGUUAUGGCAGCAUUGAAAAUUAUGGGGAUCGAGGAUAUGAUAAACCUGCCAGGUUUGGAGGACAUGACCGUGAUGAUUAUGCAUAUGAUGACUAUGGCUACAAGUCCCGUGCUUCUCAUCAUCGUAGGGAGGAUAGCCAUGAGAGGGAUUAUGAUCAUGGCCGCCAUAGUUAUGAUUCUGAUUAUGAAAGAGGCAGUAGAAGAGAUAGUAACUGGAGGCGACGUGGAUCACGUGAUCGAGAACAUGAUAGAAGAGGUCUUAGUCGGGAAAGAGAUGUAAGCCCGCGUAAGAGGCGUGAGCAUUCUCAUUCUAGGUCCCGGUCCCGUUCCCGGUCCCGGUCCAAAUCUCAGUCCCAUUCCCAAUCCCGUUCCCAGUCUCGUGGAUACGACGAUCAUCCAAGAUCAAGGUCCCCUCGAGGUCGAAGCCAUAGUCGGAGUUAUAGAGAAGAUAGCUAUAGUGACAGUCGAUACGAUAGAAGUGAAAGACGCAGGGAUCGUGAGGAAAAACGUCAGCGUGAACAUUAUUCAGUGGCCCCAUCUGCAACUAUUGUUGUGAAAGGUCUCUCACAGAAAACUACUGAGGAGGAUCUGUACCAAAUACUUGCGGAGUGGGGACCCCUUCGUCAUGUUCGUGUUAUAAAGGAAAGAAAUUCUGGCAUUUCUCGGGGAUUUGCAUUUAUCGAUUUUCCUUCUGUGGGAGCCGCACAAGCAAUGAUGGACAAGCUAGGAGAUGAUGGUCUUGUUGUGGAUGGCAGAAAGCUUUUCUUUGAAUAUAGUAGUAAACCUACUGGUGGUCCAGGUCCUGAUGGAGCUAUGAAAUCAGGCCAUAAUCAUAAGAGCAUUACAAUACCAUCUGAUUGGAUGUGCACUAUAUGUGGCUACAUCAAUUUUGCACGUCGUACCUCCUGUUAUCAGUGUAAUGAGCCACGAACUGAGGAUGCUCCUGCAGCAGAUAUUUCAUUAACAAAUUCAUCAGCCAUGGGGAAGAAGGGUCUGGAGGCAGGUCCAACUCAUGUUUUGGUUGUUCGUGGAUUGGAUGAAAAUGCUGAUGAGGAAAUGCUCCGCUAUGAGUUUUCUAAACAUGCUCCAAUUAAGGAUCUGCGUCUUGUGAGAGACAAGUUUACACAUGUCUCAAGGGGAUUUGCAUUUGUACACUUUUAUUCGGUGGAGGAUGCUACCAAAGCUCUUGAGGCAACAAAUGGGACUACUCUUGAGAAGAAUGGACAAAUUCUAAGAGUGGCAUAUGCUAAAAGUAUCUUGGGCCCUGGAUCAGGAGCACCAGGAACUUCACAAUCAAGCAGCCUUGCAGCAGCUGCUAUUGAGGCUGCGACAUUUGCUCAACAGUAUGAUUCUGUGGGGUGGGCUCCAAAAGAAUACAAUCCCGAUGAUAAGCAAGCUACUGCUCCUGAGCAAAGCACCACAGGUGGUGCUCCACAAUCAGGCUUUGUUUGGGAUGAAGCAUCCGGUUAUUAUUAUGAUGCAGCAUCUGGGUUUUACUACGAUGGAAAUACUGGUCUUUACUACGAUGGUAACAAUGGGAUAUGGUAUACGUAUGACCACCAAACUCAACAGUACAUCCCUUGCACUGAACAAAAUCAAAACAACACAGCUAAUCAGCAGUCUGAACCUUCCAAGGCAUCUGAUGGUGCCAGUAGUAAAAAGGUGGUAAUUUCUGCACCGGCUUCUACUGUUGCAUCAGUUGAGAAGCCUGCAUCAUUGGCAGAUGCUGUGCAGGCUGCUGCAACGGCUGCUUUAGCUGCUGAGAAGAAAGAAAAAGAGAAGGCAAAGGAGAUAAAACUUGCCUCAAAAAGCAGUAUUCUAGCAAACAAGAAAAAAAUGAACAAUGUGUUGUCAAUGUGGAAGCAGAGGAGCCAUGAAGGGCAGGCUACUCGAGUAGCCUUGGAGGACAAUCAACUCUCUGUUUCCACCGAUGAUAGGUCAUACCCUACAAAGAACAAGUUAAAAGGUGAAUCUAUGCCUAGGGAAACCAACGUAUCUAGCUUGGGAACACAUACAACUGUUAUCCAGGCUGCUGGUUUGGACUCUCAGGCACAGGCACGGCCUGUUAGUAAUAGUCUUGGUGGAACUAUUAUGGGAGUUAUAAGGGGUUCAGGAAGAGGGGUUGUCAAAUCAGAUAGCUACCCUGGUUCUACAGCUUCUCCGUCAUCAUUUUCAAGUUCUUCAGCUGCAAGUGUCGAUGCACAGAUAAGUUCAACUCCUUUUAGAACAGAUGUCUCUGCCUUGGGUUCAUAUACACCAUCAGUGGCUGCCGGAAGUGGCAGAAGAAGGUUUUCAGAAGCGCCUAGUUCCGCUUCAAUUCAUAAGGAGCAACCUCAAACAACCUAUAGAGAUCGUGCAGCUGAGAGGAGAAGUUUGUAUGGCUCAUCAUCAUCGGGUGGGAAUGAUUUGGCUGAUUAUGAAAUUGGGGAUUCAAAUCGAGAUUUUGUGUCGAGGAAGGGUGAUCCUAUGCCUUUUCCUCCUGGGGUUGGUGGAGGACGUGCAGUUGGAGAAGUCAACCUUGAUACUUUUGAGGUGAUAACAGCAGAAAAAGCACUUGAUGAAAACAAUGUUGGCAAUCGUAUGCUUCGCAACAUGGGAUGGCAGGAAGGCUUGGGACUUGGAAAGGAUGGGAGUGGAAUGGUAGAGCCAGUGCAGGCACAAGCCAUGGAGAAUAGAGCAGGACUUGGAAGUCAGCAGAAGAAGUUAGAUCCUAGCCUUGAGGUGCAGGCAGGGGACAGUUAUAAGAUGCUUAUUCAUAAAAAGGCACUUGCCAGGUUCCGGGAAAUGAAUGACAGUUAAAGGUUUGAAGUUGAACCCUCCAAAAUUUAAUAUUUAAGCCUUGAGAAAUGAGAAACAUAUAAUAUUAAAAUCUGUAGGUUUUUUUUUAAUGUUUUCCUAGUGUAGUGACAGUGACAUAAAAUAUUGUCAGUUUUGAAAUCUAGUGAUUAAGUCAGCUUUCUUUUGCACUGGUUGAACUCAAGUGUAUUAGAAUGUCAUUUAAUUUGUGUUUGCCUUGGUGAGCCAAGAAAAAACUUGUGAUGGAUUUGUAUUUUUUUUAUUGGUUUUUCUUUCUUAUGUUUGGAAGAUGUGUGA